AUGACCCACAAUCCCUGGGGACCAUGUUCCCCCAAGAGCCCCAUCCCUGAAUCCUCCCAGAGCCACCACGCAGGGGAGCAGUGGCCACAGCAGCGAGUGACAGCCAGCCUGGAUGGCCGGGGACACAGGGAUGGCUGGGAAGCCCAGACCCUCGGCCUCUCUGGCGCCCAGACCACCCAGCUCCUGGUGGAGCCCCCAUGGACACCAGCAGUGCUGUGGGAACGGGUGACACUGACCUGCCAGGGCUCGGGGACCGCCGGUGCCACCACCUGGAACAGGGAUGGGCAGGGGUGGGGGCAGAACAGAGGAGACAACGUCACUGUCACUGAGAGUGGCACCUACACGUGUGACACACCUGGCAGUGGACGCAGCCCCCCUGUGAGAGUCUUGAAUGAUGAGCUGGUGCUGCAGGUGGCAGCACGGCCACUGCUGGAGGGGGACACGGUGACAUUGCGCUGCCAGGGCUGGCAGGACACGUCAGUCAGCACGGUGAAAUUUUACCAAGAUGAGAAGGAUCCGGGGGGGUCCCUCAGGGGGAUUGAGCUGUCCCUGCCCCCCCUGCAGCUGCACCACAGCUGCCGCUACUGCUGCAGGGGCUCGGUGACCUUCUGGCUGUCACAGUCAGCACCGGUGACAGUGACAGUGCACGAGCUCUUCUUGGUGCCAGUGCUGGAGGGUCCCCCUGAAGUCACCGAAGGGUCCCCCCUCAAUCUCAGCUGCCUCAGCACCCCCAGCCCCCUGCAGCCCCGAGUCCCCCCCCUCCUGCACCUCUUCUACCGGGAUGGGCAGUUGGUGGGGGGCCAACAGGGGUUCCCGCAACUCCUGGUGCCCGCAGGGAAUUCCCACUCAGGGAAUUACAGCUGCCAGGUGCGCUCUGAGUCAGGGGCCGUGCAGAAGAGCAGCGCCCGGCUCGGCAUCACGAUGCACAGGGUCCCACUCUCAGGGGUGUCCCUGUCAGCACAGCCGCCCGGGAGACAGGUGGCACUGGGGGACCACCUGGUGCUGAGCUGCAGGGUGGCCACAGGGACAGGUCCCCUGUCCUUCACCUGGCACCAGGGGGGCUCGGGGGCACCGCUGGGCACCGGCCCCAGCCUGGAGCUGCACCACGUUGGGGACAAUGACAGCGGCCACUAUCACUGCCGGGUUAGCAACGGGGACAGCGUGGCCAAGAGUGUCCCCCUGAAUGUCACCGUCCUGGUUGAGGGAGACCCUCGGGCUGGGGUGCCUGUGGCCAAUGCCACCAUCACCCCCGGUCCCCUGUCACACCAGGUGCACACAGGUAACGUGACCCUGCGCUGCUUGGGGCAGGUGGGCUCAGCCCCUGUCACCUUCACCUGGCUGCACAACGGGCAGGAGCUGGCCCAGGGUCCUGUUCUGGAGCUUGGAAACGUCACUUUGGGACAUUCGGGCACCUACCAAUGCGUGGCCACCAACCAGCUGGGACAGGACGGGCAUUGCGUGUUCCGGGCACUCAGUCCCCAGCUUGCCCUGGAGGUGACCCCUGGCUCACCCUGGGUCACAGCAGCCAGGAAGCCCCAGGACAGGACAACCCCAGAGGAGGGGGCGGUGCUGGACCCCCACAUCGUGGGCACCGAGCAGGCAGGGGGGCUCCCACAAGUGUCCCCUGACCCUGCCCCACCUCGGGAUCCUCAAGUGACCAACGUGGAGCUGCUGGGACCCUACGAGGGACAGCAGGACCCCAGCAACAUCUACGAGAACGUGCUGUGA